CUGGGGUGUAAAAUCCGGCAGGGUGGCGGGGGCCGGAUCCCCGGGGGGAGAUCGGACCAGAGAUGCGAGGCUGUGCAGGGAACGGGAGAAAACGGAGCCCGCAGCCCUGAUCACCUGAAGAAGGUGUUUUGAACACGACUGGAUCUUGAGACGCAGGGUGUCUGAGCAGCUGGUGUGGCACACCCCCCACAACGUCACCUUCUCCCUUCCUUGUUUUGGAAACCGAAAGUAAAAGUCUGGAAAAGGUUUCUCUUCCUUCGCCAUGGCGUCCGCUCUGGUGGAGGAGCUGCAGUGCCCCGUGUGUCUGGGGCUGUUCUCGGACCCGGUCACGCUGCCCUGCGGGCACACCUUCUGCCGGGGCUGCCUGGAGAGUUACCUGGCCACAGACGUCCCGGUGCACCUCUGCCCGGAGUGCAGAGCCCCGAUCCCCCGCCGGGACUUCAGGACCAACCGGGUGCUGAGGAACAUGGCUGACAGGGCGAGGCAGGAGGAAGAGAAAGUGUCCGAGCAGACAGACCUGCUGUGCGUCGAGCACGACGAGAAACUCAAGCUGUUCUGCGAGACGGACGGGACGUUGAUCUGCUUGGUCUGCCGGGACAGCAGCAGCCACCGGGGACACGGGUUCAAGCCCGUGCAGGAGGCGGCGCAGGAGUUCCGGGUGAGGCCGCCGCUGUUCUCGCCUGGAGAGCGUGAACCGUCCCCUCCCUGGUCAUGCCGAGACAGCGGCUCCGCGCUCGAACCCCGAUCCGAUCCAUCUGGCGGAGCGAACAGCCAGCGAGACGCUCUUUCGUUUCACUUCUCAAGGCUUUUGUUGAACUGGCGUCUGUUCCUGCGUCUUUAGUUGUGUGCUGACUGUGUCAUCUUCUCUCUGUCACUGUUGUCUUGUGUGUGGACUGUUUUAAGCCACUUUUAAAGGCGCUGUAUAAUAUAUUCUAAUGAUUAUUAUCACCGUAGGAGGCUGACGUAUCCAGCGAGUGAAAUCAGAUGUAAAAGAUUGACUGUGGACUGAGUUAGACUGAGGAGCCGAACCGCA